CGAAAUUCUCAAUCCCCAUCCCACGCAGGCACACAUAAAAGCAAACCACGAGCAAAAUGUCUGGAGAGGAAACGUCUGCCGAUCGCAAUGUCGAGAUCUGGAAAAUCAAGAAGCUCAUCAAGAGCCUGGAAAUGGCCCGCGGCAAUGGCACCAGCAUGAUUUCUUUGAUUAUUCCGCCAAAAGAUCAAAUCUCUCGCGUCAGCAAAAUGUUGGCCGAUGAGUUUGGAACGGCCUCGAACAUCAAGUCGCGCGUAAACCGCCUGUCCGUCCUCGGUGCCAUUACGUCGGUCCAGCACAGACUCAAAUUAUACACCAAAGUGCCUCCCAACGGUUUGGUCAUCUACUGCGGCACCAUUGUCACAGAGGAGGGCAAGGAGAAGAAGGUGAACAUAGACUUCGAGCCAUUCAAGCCCAUCAAUACGUCGCUGUACCUUUGCGACAACAAGUUCCACACGGAGGCCCUCACUGCCCUGCUCGCCGACGACAACAAAUUCGGAUUCAUCGUGAUGGACGGUAACGGAGCGCUGUUCGGAACCCUGCAGGGCAACACCCGCGAGGUGCUGCACAAGUUCACCGUCGAUCUGCCGAAGAAACACGGCCGCGGUGGUCAGUCCGCCCUCCGUUUCGCCCGUCUGCGCAUGGAGAAGCGCCACAACUACGUGCGCAAGGUCGCCGAGGUGGCCACCCAGCUCUUCAUCACGAACGACAAGCCCAACAUUGCCGGACUCAUCCUGGCCGGUAGUGCGGACUUCAAGACCGAGCUAAGUCAGUCGGAUAUGUUCGAUCCCCGUUUGCAAUCCAAAGUAAUCAAGCUGGUGGACGUGUCUUAUGGCGGCGAAAACGGUUUUAACCAGGCCAUCGAAUUGGCAGCCGAAUCGUUGCAGAACGUGAAAUUCAUACAGGAGAAGAAACUAAUCGGUCGUUACUUUGAUGAAAUUUCUCAGGACACUGGCAAAUACUGUUUCGGAGUGGAGGAUACUUUGCGGGCGCUGGAACUUGGCUCGGUGGAGACCCUCAUUUGUUGGGAGAACCUGGACAUUCAACGAUAUGUUCUCAAGAAUCAUGCCAACUCGACGUCAACGACAGUAUUACAUUUGACGCCCGAGCAGGAAAAGGACAAGUCGCACUUCACUGACAAGGAGAGCGGGGUGGAAAUGGAGCUGAUUGAGUCUCAGCCGCUGCUGGAGUGGCUGGCAAACAACUACAAAAUGUUCGGCGCCACACUGGAGAUUAUCACGGACAAGUCUCAGGAGGGAAGUCAGUUCGUGCGAGGUUUCGGUGGAAUCGGCGGCAUUUUGCGCUAUAAAGUAGAUUUCCAAUCCCUACAGGCCGACGAGCCGCUGGAGGACGUCGAUCUCGAUGACUAUUAAGCCGGGUGGGGCUGCGAACGGGUCUCGGUUAUGCGUUAUGCAUUACAUACAUAAUAAACCAGUACUUUUUGGGAAACCUCGUAAAGCAAAACGUUCAAAUUGAUUAGGAACCAAUUUACUUGCCACAUAGUUUUACCUAUGUUCAGCGUAGCCGUUCAAUAUUUAUCACCAAUAGGGUCCUCCUCAUCAGUCGGAUGGUGCAUUUCCUUGUCGAUCAGAUCAUCGUGUAUCUAGAUAUGUACCUAGACGUUUACCAAAUUUUUAAAUUAGUCGUGCACCAAGCAGAACCGAGUGCGAGAUUACUUUUAAGCAACAAAUUAAAUUCGUAUUUCGUAUUCGUAAUUCGUAAUUCGUAAUUCAAUUGUCAUGUAAAAGAGAUAUUAUCGCAUUCUCUGUUCACCGCGUUCGAUUGCAACUGCGGUUCUAGGAGGCAUAAGAUCUGCAGUGAGCAAGCAACCGAAAAGUUUCGAACGUAUCUGCAUUUCCCCUAUUCAAAUUAAAACCGAGUGUUAUAAGAAAGUAUACAAAUCUAAUCCAUAAAAUUGUAAUAAAAAUUAAACCAGAAAUAAAACACCACACAUAAUGAGGAUGAAUAUCCGUUUACAUUCAAUCGCGAA